AUGUCCUUUCUAGAUCUAAAGUCACGUUCAUCACAAGCAUUGAGGUCCCCCUCACCAAAACCUAUACUACGAAGAUUAGACCAGGAGUCUUCUGAAGAAGAAGAAGAAGAAGAACAAGAACAAGAACAAGAACAACAAGAAGAUAUGGACCACAACGUAAGCGUUAACAACGAAGAUCAGUUAGCAAGGGAAUCAGAUAUCACUGUUUCAAAUAUUAAACUGUCUCAAGCGGAAUAUCGAGGGUUUACCAUAUAUGUGUUGAGUUCAUUGGUCCUUUUUUUAUAUAUUACGUGGACAUUGGUACCACCAGCAACACUACAUAAAUUGUCCAUUGAUUACUACCCAGAUAAAUAUUGGAGCAUUGCUAUCCCCAGCUAUUCGCUAAUGUUGAUGUUGUUUAUCUACUGGUUCCUAGCACUAUACAAUACCGAGGUGUUGACUUUAGAUUUGGAUGAUGUCAAUACGUUUAUAGACGAACAUACACAGUUUCCCAAUGAGAGUGGCAGAGAGAGUAACCAAGUCAUAAAGGAUUACAUACAUCAAGCUCCAAGUGGAGUGUGGGAUCUUCCAAUAACUUUGGUCAAUGAGGUCUUAUAUGACGACUUGGAUAAGAGUAGUUAA